AUGGGAGGCAAGAAAGCUGCGGGCGAGAACUCCAAGAAGGCUGCCGGCAACGCUCGCAAGGCCGAAGCUGCCGCAUCAAAGAAGGCCGUUGAAGAUUCGAAGCGCGCCGCCGAGGAGGAUAGGGAGUGGUCUAAGGGAUCCAAGAGCAACGCAAAGAAGGACGACGCCGAAGCCAAGAAAGCUGAAGCUGCCCGCAAGAAGGCUGAACGUGAUGCCCUCCUAGCCGAAGAAGAAGCCUCCCAGCCAUCCAAGGCCAAGGGUGCCGGCGCAAAGACGGCGCAGAAGAAGACCCGCGGCCUCGAUCUUUCACAACUCGAUGACUCUUUCUCCAGCAAGAAGGGCUCUGCCCUGAACGCUUCUGGUAUCGACAAUGCGCUAGACGCCCUGUCCCUGACGAACAAGGAUACUUCUAAGGUUGAGCGUCACCCCGAGCGACGAUUCAAGGCGGCAUAUGCGGCGUUCGAGGCCCGUCGUCUACCGGAGAUUGAACAAGAGAACCCCGGUCUGCGCCGACAGCAGCGUGUUGACCUGUGCCGGAAGGAGUUUGAAAAGAGCGAAGAGAAUCCUUUCAACCAGGUGCACGUUGCGGUCAACGCCACCAAGGAGGAGAUUGCCCAGGUUCGGGACUCGGAGCGCAAGAAGACGGAGACUCGCCUGACCAGAUAA